GCAGCUCUCGCUCGGGAAACAUCGACCUGUGGAAUUCUCGGCAUCUCGUGAAAUUAAACUUCAUAGCCUAUAGGCUACUUUAAUAUAACUAGGUUGAUGACUCUUCGCUUUUAUACCAUCCUUUUACUCUUUAAUUUUUUACCUACUGUUUAAAUUACUUUUGACAACUUUGACAUUGUGCUUAUAUGAGAAAACAGGUGUAAUUUGCUCAAAAUGUUUGAGUGUUGUCUGUCGGACGAAGACAGAGAACGCGUCAGAAUUCACAAAGCGAUUGAGAGACAACUUAACCGUGACAAAAGAGACGCGACAAAGGAGUUAAAACUUCUGCUUCUUGGAACAGGAGAAAGUGGAAAGAGUACUUUCAUCAAACAAAUGAGGAUCAUUCAUGGAGCUGGCUACUCCAACGAUGACCGAAGAGGCUUCACCAUGCUGAUCUACCAGAACAUCUUCCAGAAUAUCAAGGGUCUGAUCCAGGCCAUGGAGACCCUCAAAAUCUCAUUUGUGGAUGACAACAAUAUACAAUAUGCUCAGAUGCUCAGUGGUGUUCAGGCUGAGUCACUGACCAGUCUGGAGCCUCAGAUGGCUGCCGCCAUCAAGCGGGUGUGGGCAGAUCAGGGACUGCAGCAGUGCUACGAGCGACGAAGGGAGUUCCAGCUCUCAGACUCGGCCAAAUAUUACCUGAGUGACCUGGAUAGGAUAUCUGCCGCUGCUUACUUGCCCACGGAACAGGACAUUCUUAGGGUCAGGGUGCCAACCACGGGCAUUAUCGAGUACCCUUUUGAUCUCCAACAGGUCAUCUUCAGGAUGGUGGAUGUGGGGGGUCAGAGGUCAGAGAGGAGGAAGUGGAUCCACUGCUUUGAGAAUGUGACCUCCCUCAUCUUCCUGGUGGCACUGAGUGAAUAUGACCAGGUGUUAUACGAGAGUGACCAAGAGAACCGCAUGGUGGAGAGCAAAGCACUAUUCAAGACCAUCAUCUCCUCCAACUGGUUCACAGACUCUUCCAUCAUCCUCUUCCUCAACAAAAAAGACAUUUUACAGGAGAAAAUUUUAAAGUCACACCUGGCUGACUACUUCCCUGCAUACACUGGUCCUAAGCAUAAUGCUGACAGUGCUCAGAGGUUCAUUUUGAAGAUGUAUGAGCAGCAGGACCCAGACCGUCUGAAGUCCCUCUACUCCCAUUUCACGUGUGCCACUGACACGGAAAACAUUCGCUUUGUCUUCAGUGCCGUCAAGCAUACAAUUUUACAGAACAACCUGGAGAUGUUCAACCUUCGCUAGCCAACAAACUCCAACAGAGUGGCUACUGAUUUUAGGACAGGGUGACGCACGCACGUGUGUGUGUGUGUGUGUGUGUGGUGUGUGUGUGUGUGUGUG